AUGCCACCCCUCCGCACUCUCUUCCUGUGGUCCCAUUUUAUAUUAGUGGUCUUUCUUUCGCCCUCUGCAGGCACCGUGUGGUUAAAUGUGCUGAGGGGACCACUGGAGGUAUUGGGUGGCGCGGUCACUGGUGUGGCCCUAGGGUACUUUCUACGUUACUUCCCCAGCAGAGACCAGGGAAAUCUCGUGCUGAAGCGUUCCUUCCUGUUGUUGGGGCUGGCCGUGUUUGCUUUGUUUGGCUGUAACGUGGCUGGGAUUCCUGGCGCAGGAGGACUCUGUUCGCUGGUGCUGACGUUUGUGGCUGGAAUAGGCUGGGGGAAUGCUAAGGCUCCAGUGGAAGCAGUGGUGGAGAGGUUUUGGCAUGUGUUCCAGCCUCUUCUCUUUGGUCUCAUCGGCGCUGAGGUUAUCAUUACAUCUUUGGAGGUCACGACUGUGUUUCUGGGUAUAGCAGCCCUGUUCAUCGCACUCACGGUACGCCUGCUUAUCACUUUUGUUGUGGUACUGCGAGCCGGCUUUAACCUGAAAGAGAAAGUCUUCAUCACUCUAGCCUGGAUGCCUAAAGCAACAGUACAGGCUGCUAUAGGCUCUACAGCUCUGGACAUGGCGCGCUCCAAGAAUGACCUUGAGCUGCAGAAGUAUGGCAUGGACGUCCUCACUGUGGCUGUGCUGUCCAUUCUCAUCACCGCUCCUGUUGGAGCGCUCCUCAUCAGCCUGCUCGGUCCUCGACUCCUGCAGAAACCAAAGAACACUGAGUGGGCGGUCAGCCAAGGUGCUUUAUCUGCAUUGGGGACCCCGGUGACUUACGAGAGUGCCCUGUGAUGUUUCUGGAAUGCUUCUGGGAAGUGACAACCCGACAUCCAAGGCUGCUGAUUAUCCUUUUUGUCUUCAAAGUGGAUUCUCAAACUCAUUGCUGCGACCCUCUGAAGUCAGACUGCAAAAGUGACAGGCAAUGUUUUUUUAAAUGAAGGAACCCAACUCUCAUUUUUUACCUUCCAAGGUGGAUGAAAACACUAUUAUUUUUUUCUAACUGGCUUACGUUUGUGUUGAUAGUAUUUCUUACAUUAGAUAUAUUACAGAUGAGUCUGCAGUGACUGCAUGUCAGCGUUACUGAAAGUCGUGUAGUGGUCAGUGCCGGCAUGACUGUGUUCGUAAUGGAAUAUACCCUUCUAUAUUAUACCCUUCUAUAUGAAGCCCUUCUAUAUUUUUAUAUUUAU